AAUUAAAUAACUCAUUUAAAAAAGUUGUAGAAGUAAAAAAAUAGAAAUCAUAAAGAGAUCGAGAGAGAGACUUUCAUCAAUUUGCCGCUUACGGCGGGGUUAGUGACGGCCAACCACCGUACAUCCCAUAAACGUAACGGCAAAAAUUAAAAAAACAUUAAUUGCGUCAUCAUCAUCAAACAACAUCAAAACGAUGUCGUAUUUAUCAUCAUCAUCACCCUAUCAACUCUUAGAAAUCAGCAUUAUAUCGGCUCAAGAUUUACCCCCUGUUGCAAAGUCCAUCAAAGCCUAUGCAGUCGCAUGGUUACAUCCAGAACGAAAAUUAGCCACACAGAUUGAUCAAGUGGGCCACACCAAUCCUACGUGGAACGAAAAGUUCGUUUUUCGCGUCGACGAUGAAUUUCUCAAUUCCGAAAAUUCCGUUAUUAUGAUCGAUAUUUACAACUCCACGUGGAUCCGUGACGUUUUAAUCGGAACCGUCGGUGUUCUCGUAGGAAACCUUCUCCCGCCGGGAACACGCACCGGUAACCGGAAACCUAAACUCCGUUUCGUUGCAUUACAAAUUCGUAAACCUUCCGGUCGUCCUCAAGGGAUUCUUAACAUCGGCGUUACGGUACUCGAUAGCACGAUGAGAAGCAUGCCGUUGUAUUCUGAACUAAGCACCUCAGCCGUUGGAUAUUCGGAUCUAAUGGAUUCAAACAAGAAGAAAAUUAGUAACGAUAACAACAAUGACAAUUAUUCAACUACGGAUUCGAAGCUAUUAACACUUCAACGUUGCCAGAGCGAGAAAAACGAUUCAACGAUCAAUGAUUACGUCUAUCACGGUGCCGGAAAAAAUGGAUACGUUUACGAGGAAUCGGAAGUGAGCGUGCCGUUACCGAGAAAAGGUGGAAAUAAUGAAGAGUCGCUGUGUUCCGACAUCGGACCGUCGCCGUCGGUUGUGGCGGCGGCGAUAGCAAAGGGAUUGUAUCCGAUACCAGCGCCGCCGAGGACGAUGGAGAGUUCGACUGUAGACGAUUGGUCGGAGAGCAAUUGUUCGGAAGGGAUGAAUACGAAGAUUCAGAGGUGGAGGCAUGAGUUGACGCCGGCGUAUAAUAAGGAAGAGUAUGAUGAGAUAGAGAAGAGAGUGGGGGGGAAAACGCCGGGAAGGCCGGUGAGUAGGAAGGGGAAGUUGUUUUCGUGUUUCGGAACGGCGUUUGGGUGUGAAUUUUCGAUUAGUUGCGGCGGAGGUAAUCAGAAAAAGAAGCGUGAAAUUGGGAAGAGUCAUCGUACUACUUCUGCUUCAGAACUCACUUAUGAUGAAUCAUUCAUUUGAUGAAUGAGGGAAAUUGAAUUAUUAGUUAAAUUAUGAAUUGUGAUGUUGUUGUUUGCUAGUUUUGGUGGAUGUGGUCAUGGAAUAAUGGUGUUGGAGACUUGCUUUGCUCUGUUUUUCUGCUAAAUGUAAUUAAUAUUAUUGAGAUACGUUCGUUAUGCAUGUAUUAAGCAGAAGAAGGGAGGAAGAAAGGAUUGUUCCGUGGAGUAGGAUCCAUGAUAUGCAAGGAAUGUCAUUCUCGAUCGGAGUAGGGCUUGAGAGUAUAUCUCCUCUCAGCCACUUUUUUUUAUUUUUUUAUUUUUUUUAUUUUUACAGUUUAUUCGUUGAGAAAGUGUAUAUUGUCAAUUCAGUGAAAUUAAUGACUUCACCAUCAAA